AUGGUGAUCAAAACGAACGACUCUGGAUACUUCCGCAUCCUGGGAGACAUUCGCAACUACCCCACGCAGCCCGCCUUCAGGAUCGAAGAUGUUUUUCCCUUCUGCGCUUGGAUCAGCUUCCAGUGGGAGCGCAACUUCAAGCCGUUCGGAUUCAUUCAGCUGGUGCACGGCAAGUUUCUGGCGUGCCCCCUCAUCGUGCUGCUCUACCUCCUCAUGUGCAAAUACGGUCCCGCCGGAAUGAAAAACAGAAAGGAAUUCGAUCUGCGCAGAGUAGUCUUCCUAUGGAAUGUCCUGUUGUCCUUCUUCAACCUAAUCGUCGUAGUGAAGCUAACCCCAGUUCUGAUCUAUGCCAUUUCGAAGUACACCUUCACCGGGUUGCUGAUCAUCCCCCCUAUAUAUACCAACGCCUUUGGCACCUCCGGUCUGUGGGUCUGUCUCUUUAUCCUGUCAAAAUUCGUUGAGCUAGCAGACACGCUAUUCUUAAUAUUGAGAAAAAAGAGAAUCACUCUCUUGCACUGGUUCCAUCACUCAAGCGUCCUUCUAUACACAUGGCACACUUACUAUGCCGAAGUACCCGCAGGAUUCACCUUCAUCAUUAUUAACGCAAUUGUACACACCAUUAUGUAUACCUACUAUGCGAUGACCACUGUGAGGAGGAAGCCCUUAUGUUGGAAUAUCUUGGUUACCUUGCUUCAGAUUUUACAGAUGCUCUUAGGCAUCCUCCUCACACUUUACUGUCUCUACAUAACGUACAAUUACAAAUUCAACACCUACUGGCACCUCCGAGUCAUUCGAAAAAUGCAGCACAAGUUUACCUUCGAUUAUGGCCAUUACGUGUGCAGGAGGAAUGUCGCUUACGCGGUCGUUAUGUACACGUCGUAUUUGCUCCUUUUCGGGAAAUACUUCUACGACCGCUACGUAUGCGCGGGGCUGAAGCACGUCGAGAAGGAGAAGCCGGCCUGA